AUGGAAAAUAUGCUUGAAAGAGUAUUGCAAAAUCAAGAGAGAUCUGACACUUCAAUGAAGAAUAUGACCGAACUUGUGGGUUCUCACACUGCAUCUACUCAAACGUUGGAGAUGCAAAUGAGGGAUCUCUCAAGAGAACAAAAUCUGAAGCAAAAGGGCAUGCUCUCAAGUGAUAUAAUUGCAAACCCAAAAGAAGUUACCUUUCAAGAAAGUAAGGGUAUGAAAUUGCCACAUGCAUAUGAGAGUAUCUCGGUUAUUGAUGUUGUUGAUGAGGUAGAGGAUGCAGUCAAGGCGAUUUAUCAAGGAUUUCUCAAAAUUGCAAGUCCCAUGUGCAAGCUCCUUGAAAAAGAUGCUAAGCUUGAGUUCGAUGAGAAGUGCCCGAAAGCAUUUGAGGAAUUGAAGGCAAGUGCUGUGGCUAUUGGAGUAGUGCUUGGUCAACGGCAUAAUAAGAUUCUUUAUCCUGCCUACUAUUCAAGAAAGACACUCAAUGGCGCACAACUUAAUUACAUUGUAACUGAGCAAGAACUGCUUGCUAUUGUUUAUGCUUUCGAAAUAUUCCGGGCCUACUUGUUGAGAUCCAAAGUGAUAGUCUACACCGAUCAUGCUACCCUUCGCUACCCUAUGGCAAAGAAGGAUGCUAAACCAUGA